AUGCUGUCAAUUAUACUAUUUGCUGGGAAGGAAAUCCUUAAGCGAGCAGUUAAGACACCUGUCGACCUAGACGAUGAAUUACCCGAAAUAACCACUCCAGAUGAAGAGGAAACAGAUCCAGUAGCCGAAGAAAUGUUCUCGUCGUGGGCAUUGUUCAUCUUGUUGUUCCUUCUAUGCUCGGCAUUGUGGUCUUCGUAUUUCCUUCAGCAACGAAGAAUCAAAGCUAUACAUGAAACCGUUCUUUCCAUCUUCUACGGUAUGGUAGUAGGAUUAAUAAUCAGAGUAUCACCUGGUCACUAUAUCCAGGACGCUGUCAAGUUCAAGUCUAGUUACUUUUUCAAUAUCUUGUUGCCCCCAAUUAUCUUGAAUUCGGGAUAUGAACUUCAUCAGGCCAACUUUUUCAGGAAUUUGGGGUCAAUCUUGACAUUCGCCAUUCCGGGUACCUUCAUAUCGUCGUUGGUGGUCGGUAUAAUCUUGUACAUCUGGACAUCCUUGGGACUCGAUGGAGUUAAGUUGGAAUUCGUAGAUGCCCUCGCUGUAGGUGCAACGUUAUCAGCUACCGAUCCGGUGACUAUCUUGUCAAUUUUCAAUGCCUACAAAGUUGAUCCCAAAUUAUACACCAUUAUCUUUGGCGAAUCGCUCUUGAAUGAUGCUAUUUCAAUCGUUAUGUUUGAAACUUGUCAAAAGUUCCAUGGUAAGGCCCUACACUUUUCGUCACUUUUUGAAGGUAUUGGAUUGUUUUUGAUGACAUUUACCAUUUCGACCAUAAUUGGAAUCUUGAUAGGGAUCCUUGUAGCAUUGAUCUUAAAGCAUUCCCACAUUAGAAGAUACCCACAGAUUGAGACAUGUUUGGUGUUGCUUGUAGCUUAUGAAUCGUAUUUCUUUUCAAACGGAGCACACAUGUCAGGAAUUGUAUCGUUAUUGUUCUGCGGCAUUACUUUAAAACACUAUGCCUACUACAACAUGUCAAGAAGGACACAAAUUGCGACCAAGUAUAUUUUCCAGUUAUUGGCUCAAUUAUCAGAAAAUUUUAUUUUCAUUUACUUAGGGUUAUCACUUUUCACUGAGGUGGAGUUAGUCUUCAAGCCUCUCUUAAUUAUUAUUACGUUCGGAACCAUUUGUGUUGCUAGGUGGUCUGCUGUAUUUCCUUUAUCAAGAUUACUUAAUUUCCUCUACAAGGCCAGAUUUAAGGAAUUUGUCCAUAGACUAGGUGCCAAUGGAGGAAUCGCAUCCACAAACGUUAUCCCCGAUGAGAUUUCCCACUCGUAUCAGAUGAUGAUAUUUUGGGCUGGGUUAAGGGGUGCAGUUGGAGUUGCAUUGGCAAUGGGAAUUCAAGGUGAAGCCAAGUGGACUUUGUUGGCUACUGUUUUAGUUGUAGUCGUGUUGACCGUGAUUCUCUUUGGAGGAACUACCGCACUGAUGUUAGAAAUCUUAGGAAUCAAGAUAGGUGUUAUAGAUGAACACGCUGAGUCAGAUGACGAGUUUGAAAUUGAGGCUCCAAGAUUAGACCUUAAUUCCUCCAACAACAAUAGUAACGGAAUACUAGGAAGUAGAAGGUUUGUCCCAUCUACAGGCAUUGGGUCCAAGGGAGUAUUUGGGGGUAAAGAUGUCAGAUCUAGAACGGAUUCUCAGGUUUCUCUUGGAACUUUCAGAGUGCCUUCACAAUCACAGUUACAAAAUGGGUUACCGGGCUCAUUGAAUAGUUCAUCAGCAGAUUUGAUGAAUGACGAUGAUGAAGUAGGAAGUGAUCUUGAGGAUCUUCUUCAUAACGGUACUAGUUCCAACAACUUGAAUAGCGGAGAAUCGAGCGGUGGAUUAUUAGGAAAUUUCCUUGGCUCAGAUGAGCACUCUAAGUGGUUUACUAGAUUUGAUGAACAAGUUCUAAAACCAGUAUUAUUGGACAACUUACCUAGUGAUAAGAAAUAUAAGGAUGACAACGAUGGACAGAGUAAAUAG